AUGGCCCGACCCUUUGCUCCUAUUUUCGGCAUGGAAAGUCAGCUGCCGCACUCCUCAUCUGGGAUCUUUCACUGGCAUAUAAAGAAGGGUGGAAGCCGUAAUCGUAAGAAAAAGUGCGACGAAGCUCGCCCGGAGUGUCUACGAUGUAAAACACUUGGACUACGUUGCGAAUGGCCGACACCUGGAGACCUCGUGGAUCGACGUUGCGCAUCGACUCGUCCUCGUCGCUCCGCCUCUCCACAGCAGCACCAGCAGCACGUCGAGCCAGAGCUCACAAGUCUGGAGAUCACAACUUCUGCACACCGAGCACUCUUGGAUCCUAGAAUCAGUCUUUUCUCGGCAUCAGCUGCUCAUCAAGUACUCAAGCAGGACUUGAAACCAGUCAUCUCUCGCCACUUCAUCGACAUAUACUAUGGCUUACUGAUAUUGCCGAACUGUCACCCAGAAUACUACUGGGGAUGGAUAAACGAGAUCCAGGAACUCAUGGUUCAGCACGAAAGCCUGCAGUAUUCGGUCCUCGCGAAUGCUGCAUCCCACAUCCACUUUAUAGACGACUCUUCCCAGAUGCAAGAGCUCGCCCUGACCUAUUAUUCGCAGGCGCUAAGGGGCCUUUCAGAGCUCCUGGUGAAGGCGUCUCAGGUGGAAAAUCACAACGGCCUGUUGAUGUCGGUCAUGCUACUCUAUCUUCAUGGUUGUAUGGGUAGGGGCACAUACACAGACAUACCGCGACACGUCAAUGCCGCUAUUCGAAUCUUAACCCUCCGGCUGUUAGGGAGCCCUAAAGGGAUCAGUCGUCCUUUUGAUCGAUUGGCAGUGGAAAGUGUCCUAUACCAGAUCUUUCUUGUCACGACAGGCUCAUGGUCCAAUCCCGUCGAGCUUGACACUCGGUUCGACGCAAAAUUCUGGACCCAAGCAGAAAAACUAUUGUCUCGAUCAACACUAUUCCCUAAUCGCUCCAUGAGUUUCAACAGUCCUGUGCUCGGCAUACCUUUUUCUCUCUUCAAACUGGCGUUGUCAAUCAGAAGACUCUACCAAGAUCCAGUUGGGCCAGACGUACAGACGCUAGACGAACACAAAGCAGAGCUGGAAUAUUGGGAGUGUGCCCUUCUCUGUGAUCAGGAUCUCGAUGAAAUUGGCGUAGAUGAAGAGCCCAACUGUGCACCUCAGAUCUACAAGGACGCUGCUUUCCUGUACAUUCUGAAUGCUUCUAUGCUACUUGAGCAGCUGGUGCAGGGGCACGAUUCGUCUGGUCCACCCCGUGCACAUGAUGUCAGUAGCUGGCAGCUUGGUAAGGCUCGUGCCAUACUUCAAAUACACCGCAGAGAUGAUGAGUGGGCAAGAUGCUUCAUUGGAAACUGGCCCACUUACACUCUGGGCUUCUUCAUGAGUUCUCCCGAGGACAUUGAUUUGGUACGCAGUGAUUUGCGAAGACGAUGGAAUUUUAUGCAAUUUGGUCAAAUUGGUCGCUUCACGACGGACCUCGAAACUACCUGGACCAAACGUGGGUUUGGGAGGUGA